AUGAAGAAAUCAAGACAAUACGAGGCAAAGAAGUCUAAAAUCUACGCAAUAAAUCUAUCUAUCUAUCUAUCUAUCUAUCUAUCUAUCUAUCUAUCUAUCUAUCUAUCUAUCUAUCUAUCUCACGCUCCUUUCCCUCAUCUUUCUCAUUCUUCCUGUGAAUGCCUUUUUUACGCUUCUUCUUUUCGGAUUUCCAUUCUUUUUCGACCUCCCCACCUCUUUUCUCGUUUUUUUUUUUCCGGAUCUUUAUUUUCUUUCAAACUCUCUUUCCUAUUUCUCCCCCUUUCUGUAAAUCAUUUUCACUCUCGUUCUUUUCCGAUUUUCAUCAUUUUCCAACCUUUCAAUCGUAUUUUUACACCUUGUUGUGAAUCUUUCUCCCCCCUUCUUACCAGGCCUUCUUUUUCUUUCUCACUUCACUCAUUAUGUUCUCCUCCUUCCUGUGAAUCCCUUUUCCCUCUCUUUAUUUCUGGAUUUUCAUUCAUCUUCCAUUUUUCACUCCUCUUUCUCCUUGUAAAUCACUUUUCCCUCUCCUUUCCGGACCUUCCUUCUCUUUCAACCUCCCCACCCCCACCCCCACGCAAUUUCUUUCUCCUCCUUCUUGGGAAUUCCUUUUUCCUCCACUUCUUUCCGGUUCUUCGUUCCCUUUCAAUGUUUUCUUUCUCUUAUCUUUUCCUCCCUUCUUUCAUCCCCCCCUUCUCUCUCGGACUCCUUCACUCUCUAUCUCCCGCUGCGGUAACCUUUCAGAAAGCCUGUGCCAUUUUCAUUCGUCUCUUUCAUUUUAUUAUCUACGCAGACCCCACUUUUUGUUUCUUCUGGAAUUUCUAUUCCCUUUACCUAAUAUCUUUCUUAUUUCUCAGGAUCUUCCCUCUUCGUUUUUCUUUAAAUUUGUCUUCUUUCUCUCCUGAAAUUCCUAUUAUUUCUCUUUUGGUAUAUUUCUACUACUCUCUAAAAUAUCUCUUCUUUCUACCUGGAAUUUUUAAUUUUCUCACCAAGUGUCUCUUUUCAAUCUCUCCUCGAAUCUCUCUUUUUUUCUGUCUUUCAUAUCACGUCUUUUCUUCUCACCUCGAGUCUUUCAUUUUCUCUCUCUUUCAUAUCACGUCUUUUCUUCUCACCCCGAGUCUCUCUUUUUUUUCUCUCUUUCAUAUCACAUCUUUUCUUCUCACCUCGAGUCUCUCUUUUUUUCUCUCUUUCAUAUCACGUCUUUUCUUCUCACCUCGAGUCUCUCUUUUUUUCUCUCUUUCAUAUCACGUCUUUUCUUCUAACCUCGAUUCUCUCUUUUUUUUCUCUCUUUCAUAUCAUGUCUUUUCUUCUCACCCCAGAGUCUCUCUUUUUUCUCUUUUCAUAUCACGUUUUUUCUUCUCACCCCAGUCUCUCUUUUUUCUCUCUUUCAUAUCACGUCUUUUCUUCUCACCUCAGUCUUUCAUUUCUCUUUCUUUCAUAUCACGUCUUUUUUCUCACCCCGAGUCUCUCUUUUUUCUCUCUUUCAUAUCACAUCUUUUCUUCUCACCUCGAGUCUCUCUUUUUUUUCUCUCUUUCUUCACGUCUUUUCUUCUCACCCCGUCUUUUUUUCUCUCUUUCAUAUCACGUCUUUUCUUCUCACCCUUUUUUUUUUUCUCUCUUUCAUAUCACGUUUUUUCUUCUCACCUCAGGUCUCUCUUUUUUUCUCUCUUUCAUAUCACGUCUUUUCUUCUCACCUCGAGUCUCUCUUUUUUUCUCUCUUUUCAUAUCACGUCUUUUCUUCUUUUUUUUUCUCUUUUCAUAUCACGUCUUUUCUUCUCACCUCGAGUCUCUCUUUUUUCUCUCUUUCAUAUCCGUCUUUUCUUCUCACCUCGUCUCUUUUUUUUUCUCUCUCACUUCUCACCUCGUCUCUUUUUUUCUCUCUUUCAUAUCACCUUUUCUUCUCACCCCAGUCUCUUUUUUUCUCUCUUUCAUAUCACGUUUUUCUCUUCUCACCUCUCUCUCUUUUUUCUCUCUUUCAUAUCAUGUCUUUUCUUUUUUCUCUCUCUUUCAUAUCACGUCUUUUCUUCUCACCUCAGAUCUCUCUUUUUUCUCUCUUUCAUAUCGUCUUUUCUUCUCACCUCGAGUCUCUCCUUUUUUUCUCUCUCUCAUAUCACGUCUUUUCUUCUCACCCCGAGUCUCUCUUUUUUUUCUCUCUUUCAUAUCACAUCUUUUCUUCUCACCUCGAGUCUCUCUUUUUUUUCUCUCUUUCAUAUCACGUCUUUUCUUCUCACCUCGAGUCUCUCUUUUUCUCUCUCAUCAUCACGUUUUCUUCUCACCCAGUCUCUCUUUUUUUCUCUUUCAUAUCACGUUUUUUCUUCUCACCCAGAGUCUCUUUUUUUCUCUCUUUCAUAUCACGUUUUCUUCUCACCCCGAGUCUCUCUUUUUUUUCUCUCUUUCAUAUCACGUCUUUUCUUCUCACCCCGAGUCUCUCUUUUUUUUCUCUCUUUCAUAUCACGUCUUUUCUUCUCACCUCGAGUCUCUCUUUUUUUUCUCUCUUUCAUAUCACGUCUUUUCUUCUCACCCCGAGUCUCUUUUUUUUUCUCUCUUUUCAUAUCCAUCUUUUCUUCUCACCUCGACCCUCUUUCAUAUCACUUUUCUUCUCACCCCCGAGUCUCUCUUUUUUCUCUCUUUCAUAUCACAUCUUUUCUUCUCACCUCAGAGUCUCUCUUUUUUUUCUCUUUCAUAUCACGUCUUUUCUUCUCACCCAGAGUCUCUCUUUUUUCUCUCUUUCAUAUCAUGUCUUUUCUUCUCACCUCGAGUCUCUCUUUUUCUCUCUCUUUCAUAUCACGUCUUUUCUUCUCACCUCGAGUCUCUCUUUUUCUCUUUCUCUCUUUUCUUCUCACCCUGAGUCUCUCUUUUUUUCUCUCUUUCUUCUUUUCUUCUCCCGAGUCUCUCUUUUUUUCUUUUCACCCCGAGUCUCUCUUUUUUCUCUCUUUCAUAUCACGUCUUUUCUUCUCACCUCGAGUCUCUCUUUUUCUCUCUUUCAUAUCACGUCUUUUCUUCUCACCUCGAGUCUCUCUUUUUCUCUCUUUCAUAUCACGUCUUUUUUUUUUCUUCUCACCUUUUCUUCUCAGUCUCUCUUUUUUCUCUCUUUCAUAUCACGUUUUUUCUUCUCACCUCAGUCUCUCUUUUUUCUCUCUUUCAUAUCACGUCUUUUUCUCACCCCGAGUCUCUCUUUUUUCUCUCUUUCAUAUCGUCUUUUCUUCUCACCCUGAGUCUCUCUUUUUUCUCUCUUUCAUAUCACGUUUUUCUUCUCACCUCAGGUCUCUCUUUUUUCUCUCUUUCAUAUCACGUCUUUUCUUCUCACCUCGAGUCUCUCUUUUUUCUCUCUUUCAUAUCAUAUUUUCUUCUCCUCUCGAGUCUUUCUCUCAUAUCACGUCUUUUCUUCUCACCUCAGGUCUCUUUUUUUCUCUCUUUCAUAUCACGUCUUUUCUUCUCACCUCGAGUCUCUCUUUUUUUUCUCUUUUCAUAUCCGUCUUUUCUUCUCACCUCAGUCUCUCUUUUUUUUUCUCUCUUUCAUAUCACGUCUUUUCUUCUCACCCCGAGUCUCUCUUUUUUUCUCUCUUUCAUAUCCGUUUCUCUUCUCACCUCGAGUCUCUCUUUUUUUCUCUCUUUCAUAUCAUGUCUUUUCUUCUCACCUCAGUCUCUUUUUUUCUUUUUCAUAUCCGUCUUUUCUUCUCACCUCAGAGUCUCUUUUUCUCUCUUUCAUAUCACGUCUUUUCUUCUCACUCUUUUUUUUUUCUCUCUUUCAUAUCACGUCUUUUCUUCUCACCUCUCUCUCCUUUUUUCUCUCUCAUCUCAUCUCUUUUUCUCACCCCUGAGUCUCUCUUUUUUCUCUCUUUCAUAUCACGUUUUUUCUUCUCACCCCAGUCUCUCUUUUUUUCUCUUUCCUCUCUUUUUUUCUUAUCCACUCUCUUUUUCUUCUUUCAUAUCCGUCUUUUCUUCUCACCCCUGAGUUUUUUUUUUCUCUUUCAUAUCACGUCUUUUCUUCUCACCUCAGAGUCUCUCUUUUUUUCUCUCUUUCAUAUCACGUCUUUUCUUCUCACCCAGAGUUUUUUUUUCUCUCUUUCAUAUCUCUUUUCUUUUUCUUUCUUUUCUCUCUUUCAUAUCACGUCUUUUCUUCUCACCUCAGGUCUCUCUUUUUUUUCUCUUUCAUAUCACAUCUUUUCUUCUCACCUCAGAGUCUCUCUUUUUUCUCUCUUUCAUAUCAUAUCUUCUUUUUUCUCUUCUCACCUUUCUUCUCAGUCUCUCUUUUUCUCUCUUUCAUAUCACGUCUUUUCUUCUCACCUCGAGUCUCUCUUUUUUUCUCUCUUUCAUAUCACGUCUUUUCUUCUCACCCCGAGUCUCUCUUUUUUUUCUCUCUUUCAUAUCACGUCUUUUCUUCUCACCUCGAGUCUCUCUUUUUUUUCUCUCUUUCAUAUCACGUCUUUUCUUUUCACCCCGAGUCUCUCUUUUUUUCUCUCUUUCAUAUCACGUCUUUUCUUCUCACCUCGAGUCUCUCUUUUUUUCUCUCUCUUUCAUAUCCGUCUUUUCUUCUCACCUCGUCUCUCUUUUUUCUCUUUUCAUAUCUUUUCUUCUCACCCCAUAUCUUUUUUUUCUCUUCUUUUUUUCUUCUCACCUCGAGUCUCUCUCUUUUUAUCUCUCUUCUUCGAGUCUCUCUUUUUUCUCUCUUUUCAUAUCACGUCUUUUCUUCUCACCUCACCUCUUCUCUCUUUUUCUCUCUUUCUUUUUUCUUCUCUUUCUCUUUUUUCUCUUUCAUAUCACGUCUUUUUCUUCUCACCUCAGUCUCUCUUUUUUCUCUCUUUCAUAUCGUCUUUUCUUCUCACCUCGAGUCUCUCUUUUUUCUCUCUCUUUCAUAUCACGUCUUUUCUUCUCACCUCGAGUCUCUCUUUUUUUUCUCUCUUUCAUAUCACGUCUUUUCUUCUCACCUCGAGUCUCUCUUUUUUUCUCUCUUUCAUAUCACGUCUUUUCUUCUCACCUCGAGUCUCUCUUUUUUUCUCUCUUUCAUAUCACGUCUUUUCUUCUCACCCCGAGUCUCUCUUUUUUUCUCUCUUUCAUAUCAUGUCUUUUCUUCUCACCUCGAGUCUCUCUUUUUUUCUCUCUUUCUUCUCACCCCGUCUUUUUUUUUUCUCUUCUCACCUUCUCACCCCGAGUCUCUCUUUUUUUCUCUCUUUCAUAUCACGUCUUUUCUUCUCACCUCGAGUCUCUCUUUUUUUCUCUCUUUCAUAUCACGUCUUUUCUUCUCACCUCAGUCUCUUUUUUUCUCUCUUUCAUAUCAUGUCUUUUCUUCUCACCUCGAGUCUCUUUUUUUCUCUCUUUCAUAUUCUUCUCACCUCGUCUUUUUUUCUCUCUUUCAUAUCACGUCUUUUCUUCUCACCCCGAGUUUUUCUCUCUUUCAUAUCACGUCUUUUCUUCUCACCUCGAGUCUCUCUUUUUUUCUCUUUCAUAUCAUUUUUUUUCUCACCUCGAGUCUUCUUUUUCUCUCUUUCAUAUCUUUUCUUCUCACCUCGAGUCUCUCUUUUUUUCUCUCUUUUCAUAUCACGUCUUUUCUUCUCACCUCGAGUCUCUCUUUUUUUCUCUCUCUUUUCUUCUCAUCGAUCUCUCUUUUUUCUCUCUUUCACCUUCUCAACUCGAGUCUCUCUUUUUUCUCUCUUUCAUAUCUCUUUUCUUCUCACCCCGGAGUCUUUCUCUUUCUAUCACCUCGAGUCUCUCUUUUUUCUCUCUUUCUCUCGUCUUUUCAUCGAGGUCUCUCUUUUUCCUCUCUUUCAUAUCCGUCUUUUCUUCUCACCUCAGAGUCUCUCUUUUUUCUCUCUUUCAUAUCACGUCUUUUCUUCUCACCUCGAGUCUCUUUUUUUUCUCUCUUUCAUAUCACGUCUUUUCUUCUCACCUCGAGUCUCUCUUUUUCUCUCUUUCAUAUCCGUCUUUUCUUCUCACCCCGAGUCUCUCUUUUUUCUCUCUUUCAUAUCACGUCUUUUCUUCUCACCCCGAGUCUCUCUUUUUUUUCUCUCUUUCAUAUCACGUCUUUUCUUCUUUCUCUUUUUUUUCUCUCUUUCAUAUCACGUUUUUUCUUCUCACCUCAGAGUCUCUCUUUUUUUCUCUCUUUCAUAUCACGUUUUUUUCUUCUCACCCUCAGUCUCUCUUUUUUUUCUCUUUCAUCACGUCUUUUCUUCUCACCUGAGUCUCUCUUUUUUUCUCUCUUUUCAUAUCACGUCUCUCUUUUUUUUCUCUCUUUCUUCAUAUCUCUCUUUUUUUCUCUCUUCUCUUUUCUUCUCACCUCGAGUCUCUCUUUUUUCUCUCUUUCAUAUCACGUCUUUUCUUCUCACCCCAGGUCUCUCUUUUUUCUCUCUUUCAUAUCACGUCUUUUCUUCUCACCCUGAGUCUCUCUUUUUUUUCUCUCUUUCAUAUCCGUCUUUUCUUCUCACCCUGAGUCUCUCUUUUUUCUCUCUUUCAUAUCACAUUUUUCUUCUCACCUCAAGUCUCUUUUUUUCUCUUUUCAUAUCAUGUCUUUUCUUCUCACCCCAGUCUCUCUUUUUUUUCUCUUUCAUAUCACGUCUUUUCUUCUCACCCCGUCUCUCUUUUUUUUUUUUCUCUUUUCAUAUCACGUCUUUUCUUCUCACCCAGAGUCUCUCUUUUUUUUCUCUCUUUCAUAUCACGUUUUUUCUUCUCACCCCGAGUCUCUCUUUUUUUUCUCUCUUUCAUAUCACGUUUUUUCUUCUCACCCCGAGUCUCUCUUUUUUUCUCUCUUUCAUAUCCGUUUUCUUCUCACCCCGAGUCUCUCUUUUUUUUCUCUCUUUCAUAUCACGUUUUUUCUUCUCACCUCGAGUCUUUCAUUUUCUCUCUCUUUCAUAUCACGUCUUUUCUUCUCACCUCGAGUCUUUCAUUUUCUCUCUCUUUCAUAUCACGUCUUUUCUUCUCACCCCGAGUCUCUCUUUUUUUCUCUCUUUCAUAUCACAUCUUUUCUUCUCACCUCGAGUCUCUCUUUUUUUCUCUCUUUCAUAUCACGUCUUUUCUUCUCACCCCGAGUCUCUCUUUUUUUUCUCUCUUUCAUAUCACGUCUUUUCUUCUCACCCUGAGUCUCUCUUUUUUUCUCUCUUUCAUAUCACGUCUUUUCUUCUCACCCUGAGUCUCUCUUUUUUUCUCUCUUUCAUAUCACAUCUUUUCUUCUCACCUCAAGUCUCUCUUUUUUUCUCUCUUUCAUAUCAUGUCUUUUCUUCUCACCCCGAGUCUCUCUUUUUUUUUCUCUCUUUCAUAUCACGUUUUUUCUUCUCACCUCGAGUCUCUCUUAUGGUUUUUGAUUUUUAUCUUAGCUCUUCUUGUCUAAUCUUUCAUUAUUUUGUUUUGAAACUCUUCUUUCUUACAUUCUUUAUUUCCUCGUUGCUUCUUCUUCUUCUUCUUCUUCUUCUUUUUCUUCUUCUUCUUCUUCUUCUUCUUCUUCUUCUUCUUCUUUUUCUUCUUCUUCUUCUUCUUCUUCUUCUUCUUCUUCUCCUCUUUUUGCACUUCUUUUUAUUCUUUUUUUCUGCGACUUUUUUUCUUCAUUAUCUUCUUUCUUUCUUGCACAUAUUCUUUUCUCUUUUUCUUUCUGAACUUUUCCCAUUUUUUAUAUAG